UGGUUACACGACGCCGAUUGAGUCGCUCACAAUAUGGCGUCUAAGGUGGACGAAGAUUCCGAAGAAGGAAGAAAAUCUGUUGAAGAACGGUUGGAUGGGAAUAGAGAAAAAUAUGAACAGUGCGCGAUGGAAGAAGUUAGAAAAGAAGAACAUUUAAAAAACAGGUCUAAAUUUUCUGCGAACGCGCAGGUAGUUGAAGAGUUGUUUGACAAUGUUUCUGGAGAAGAUUCUGAAAGUGAAACAUUUCAAGAUGCAGUUGAGGAUUUAAAUGAAAAAAUUAACUCUUGUAAAGCGAAGUCGAGUGAAGAUACGAAUGAAGAAGAGAAAGAGGGAAAAAACGAGGUAGCGGAGGAAGAAGAAAGGUUAACACCUGAAGAAAAGGAGGAAAGAAAAAUACAGGCACAGGAAUUUAAAGAAAAAGGCAAUGAUUAUUUUAAAAGAUCUGAAUAUCCUGAAGCUAGAGAACUGUACACCAGUGCAAUAAAGAUAUGUCCAAAUGAUUUUACAAAGGAAAAAUCCAUAUUUUAUGCAAACAGAGCAGCCUGUCUGGUUAAAAUGGAGCAACACAAAGAAGCAAUAGAGGACUGUACAAAAGCCUUAGACCUAAACUCGGAUUACCUCAAAGUUAGACUCAGGAGAGCUCAGUGCUUUGAACAUGAGGACAGAUUAGAAGAGGCAUUAGAGGAUUACCAGAAAGUGUUUGAUAUGGAUCGUUCAUCUCAUGUGGCAAGAGAAGCACUAAUGAGACUUCCUGAACAAAUAAAAGUCAAGCAUGAAAAAAUGAAAGAGGAAAUGAUAGGGAAACUCAAAGAUUUAGGAAAUGUUUUUCUACGGCCUUUCGGCCUGUCUACGGACAAUUUCAAGGUUCAACAGGAUCCUAAUUCUGGAGGCUACUCGGUUAAUUUUCAAAAAUAAUUUAGAAGGCUUGAAUAAAGUUCAAGUAGACUGUCUAGAGAUUCUUCAAGCACAUCUACAAAUAGAUGGAAGAGAGUAGACAAGGGUAUAAAAUUGUGGACCGAGCUUUUCUCAAAUUAUUAAAAGACACAUCCAAGCAUGAACAUGUUAUCAUUGAGUCAAACAAUAAGGGAAAAUGAGUAAUAGCAGUGAAGAAAGGACUUGUGUUACAGCAGGCCUGCUUCAAGAUUGAAUUAUGAAAAACAGCUCCAAAAUAUUAGAAAGUUCAUUAUGCUUUUGGGACAUAUUGUGAUGGUAUGACAUGGCACUAAAAUAUGGCACUAUAUUAAGGCACAACAAUGCGGCACUCAGUUUUUGUAAUGAUGAUGUUUUUCAAGAGCAGUCUGGUAUAAUUAUAUUUUACUUUGUUACUUACCAUAGAACUCUUGCCUCCUAUUUUGUUUUUCAAACAUGUGAUCACAGUUUGUUUCCGAAACAAAUUCAUAAAUGUUUUUCUGUGA